AUGGAGACAGGCACAGGAAUGAUCCAGCCGGGUAUCUUCGAGGACCUGCAAAAGAAAAUCGAUGAUGAUGGAGUGUUCAAAGACGCACUUCGCGAGUUAUCGCAGGCACUUGAGAAGACCAACCGUACCACUCAGUCCAUCCUGUCGAGAGCCCAUUCUACCAGCACAGCAGAUUUGCCCGCCGUGAUCGCAGCUGCUCAAGCCAACAUCGCCCUCGAAACCGAAACCAUCCAAAAGCUAUCUGAAGUGGCAUCCAAACAGCCCUACUACCGAUUCAACUACUCGUGGACCAAGCAGAUCGAAGCUUCCUGCUUCUCGAUCUUGCUUUGCGGUUGGUUGGGCGGUUUCGGCAAACAACUGGGUCAGCUCUUGACCAUUGAGGAAGUUGGUGCCAUCAUGCAAGUACCUGUCAACCUCAAGGACCGCGAUGCGUUCCACCUGACGAUUGAGGAGUAUCUCCUAUCGCUCAUCUCACUAGUUGAAGAGCUUGCACGCCUGGCACGCAACUCUGUCACACUCGGCGACUACCGUCGUCCACUUCUCAUCAGUCAAUUCACCAAGGAUGUGUUUGCGGGCUUUCAAAUUCUCAAUCUCAAAAACGAUUCGAUCCGUCGCYGCAGCGAUGGCAUCAAGUAUCAGGUCAAGCAGGUUGAAGACGUGGUGUACGACUUGAGCCUGAGAGGUUUGUUGCCAAAGGAUUGA